AUGACAACAGAAUCCUGGAGCCCCAGCCCCAGAGGGGGAGAUGAGAACUACGGGUGGUCAGGGGACUAUGAGGAGCCAGAGUUCUGUCUCACUCCUGACCUCCCCUAUGGCUACAUCUAUAUCCCCCUCCUCUACCUGGCUGCCUUUGGAGCUGGGCUAGUGGGCAACUCCUUUGUGGUUUGGCUGCUGGCUCGCCAGCAGGGACCCCGGCGGCUCGUGGACACCUUUGUGCUCCACCUGGCUGUGGCUGACCUCAUGUUUGUGGUCACCCUGCCAUUCUGGGCCAUGGCUGCAGGACUGAGUGGCCGGUGGACCUUUGGAGAAGACUUGUGCAAGAUCAGCAGCUUUAUCAUUGCAGUGACCCGAUGUGCCAGUACCCUGCUCCUGGCUGGCAUGAGUGUCGACCGAUACUUAGCUGUGGUAAAACUCCUGGAUGCAAGGCCUCUUCGGAACCAGGGAUGCAUGCUGACCACAUGUGCAGUGAUCUGGACCAUCUCCAUCCUGGCUGGUGUUCCCUCCCUGGUCUACAGAAAACUGCUGCCCAUGCCAGUGGGUCCAGGCAGCCUGUGUGGGGAUGACCCUACUGACAUCUUCCAGUGGCUCAGCCUCCUGGUCCUCUUCCUCACAUUCAUCCUCCCACUGUUUAUCACCCUUUUCUGCUACUUCCUAAUCUCUCGACGCCUCUGUAACCCUCCCCACCUGGGCCGGGGACGGAAGAACUCCCUCAGGAUCAUCUUUGCCAUCGUGGGCACCUUUACCUGCUCCUGGCUACCCUUUAGCACCCUGAAGACCUUCUUCCACAUUGCCCACCUGAGGGCUCUACCCUUAAACUGCCUAUCGGUCAUGGCACUGCGCUGGGGACUCACCCUCUCAACCUGCCUGGCCUUUGUCAACAGUAGUGCUAACCCCAUCAUCUACCUACUUCUGGAUCGAUCCUUCCGGGCUCGGGCUCAGGGGUCGUGUGGGAGGACCCACCCUCUCCUGACAAGCAGAGUGAGCUCAGCCUCAUCUCUCUCAGGGGGUGACAGUUCCAUAUUCCAAAGCUGGGCCUUGGGACGGGGCCGGAACACCCGCGUGGCUCCCAGAUUUUCCUUACUCCCAAAUCCAAGAGGGAAAGAUGAGGAAGCAGGAACACCAAGGGCAGACAGGGGCCUGGAGGCUGCACAGACAGGGGCUUCGGAACCUGAGGAAGCUUCUGGUCAGGUGCCCCUGAACCGCCUGUCUGGGCUCCCUCAGCCGGGGCAGCAGAGGAAAAAUGAUGCCGUCGGACCCCUUGAUCGGGUGAUAGCAGCUUUCUGCAGCAUUCGGUUUAGGAGGGCGCACAGAUGCCCAUCAGCGGUGGAGAAAAGCUGA